AUGGAACAAGGGAACCUCACGUGGGUAUCAGAAUUUGUCUUCCUGGGACUCUCACAGACUCGAGAGCUCCAGCUUUUCCUGUUUCUGGUGUUCCUGUUUGUCUAUACCACCACUGUCAUGGGAAACCUCCUCAUUAUGGUCACGGUGACCUCAGACACACGGCUCCACACACCCAUGUACUUUCUGCUCCGAAAUCUGGCUGUCUUAGACCUCUGUUUCUCCUCUGUCACUGCCCCAAAGAUGCUGGUGGACUUCCUCUCUGAGAAGAAGACCAUCUCCUACCAGGGCUGCAUGGCCCAGAUCUUCUUCUUCCACUUUCUGGGAGGCGCCAUGGUCUUUUUCCUCUCAGUCAUGGCCUAUGACCGCCUUGUUGCCAUCUCCCGACCCCUCCACUAUGUGACCAUCAUGAACACACAGCUCUGUGUGGGACUUGUGGUGGCUAGCUGGAUAGGAGGAUUCGUCCAUUCCAUUGCCCAACUGGCUCUGAUGCUUCCAUUGCCUUUCUGUGGCCCCAACGUCCUGGAUAACUUCUACUGUGAUGUCCCACAAGUGCUGAGACUUGCCUGCACUGACACCACCCUCCUGGAGUUCCUCAUGAUCUCCAACAGUGGGCUGCUGGAUGUCAUCUGGUUCUUUCUCCUCCUGACCUCCUACUCAGUCAUCCUGGUGAUGCUGAGGUCCCACUCCGGGCAGGCGAGGAGGAAGGCAGCUUCCACUUGCACCACCCACAUUGUCGUGGUGUCUAUGGUUUUCAUACCAAGCAUUUACCUCUAUGCCCGGCCCUUCACCCCCUUCUCCAUGGACAAGGCUGUGUCCAUCAGCCACACGGUCAUGACCCCCAUGCUCAACCCCAUGAUCUACACCCUGAGGAACCAGGAGGUGCAGGCAGCAGUGAAGAGACUAGGGAGGCGCCGGCUGGUUUGUAAAAGGGAGUGACAAUGAGUGGGUCACUUCUCUUUGGCUUUGUUUUCCAUUUGUAAAAUGGAGGGAAAGCUACUGUGUCUGCUGGCUAUCUUCAUAGCGUGUGCAUAUGUUGUGGAGGUCAUCAUAGAAGUGAGUGAGUUUUGAAACUAAGCAACUGACUCAGAUUUUUGGGAAAAAGGGAAAAGUCCCCUUUGGUGGCUAAGGUUUGUGCCAGGUGUCUAAAACCCCUGCUCACUGAGAAGUGUUCUCAUGACUCUGGAAAGCUACACCCUUCUUUCCCCCUUCUUGGGGGAAUCGUUUCCUCUUGUGAUGAGGGCAUUUCCCCCAGCGAAGGCACUUCUAGUUUAUGUGUUUUGACUUCUCUUCCCAGCACCCCUUUUGACCUGUGUCCAGAGUGUUAGAGAAAGCACAGACCUUGAAGACAUAGCCUUAGCUUGGGAGCCCUGGACCCAUAUGUUACCAGACUGCUGACCUUGGAUAAGCUACCUGGCCUCUCUUGAACUCAUGGAUUCCUCCUCACCAAACUGGCAUAAAGCAAUAUCUGUCCCAAUAAUCUCACAGAUUUGUUAUAAGAUCCAAAACGUGUAUAAGAAUAUUUUAUCAACCUUACAUAGAACCUAUGUGAGGGUUAUUGUCAUUGUUAUGAUUAUUCCUGACAUAUAUUUUUUCAUGGGUUGAGCGGUGUUUUGGAAGUGUUUGGUGGCAAUUCCUCAGUGCGGUGAGGGAGGCAUG